CCCAGCCGAGGGGGAUGAGCGCCGCCUGAGCCAGCCGGCCGGUCGGUCUCCGCCCGCGCAACUUUCCGGGCCGGCCCUUCCCGGCCUCGCCUCGCCUCGGGGGCCAGCAUGGAGUACACGGCGUCGCCCAAGCCGCAGCUCUCCUCGCGGGCCAACGCCUUCUCCAUCGCGGCGCUCAUGGCCAGCGGCAGCUCCAAGGCCAAGGGGGACCCCGACGACACCAUCAAGCCGCUGGAACAAUUCGUGGAGAAGUCCUCCUGCUCUCAGCCUCUGACCGACCUGCCGGCCUUGGACCCCCAUGGGGACUUCAGUGGCGGGGGUAGCCCCUCUUCGCUGUGCACCGAGCCCCUGAUUCCCACCACCCCCACCGUCCCCAGCGAGGAAAUGGCCAAGAUCUCCUGCAGCCUGGAAACCAAGGACCUCUGGGACAAAUUCCACGAGCUGGGCACCGAGAUGAUCAUCACCAAAUCUGGGAGAAGAAUGUUUCCAACCAUCAGAGUUUCCUUUUCGGGCGUGGAUCUGGAAGCCAAGUUCAUCGUGCUCAUGGAUAUCGUCCCUGUGGACAAUAAAAGAUACAGAUAUGCCUACCACAGGUCUUCGUGGUUGGUAGCUGGCAAAGCUGACCCUCCUCUGCCAGCCAGGGAGGCAGCAGAUUCCAGCGCAUCCACUUUACCAGAGCAAAAUCAAGCUAUCAGGCAGCCAGAAGCUGUCUAUCUGAGUACCAUGGACAGAGGGCUUGAAAACAUCUGCGGUAGUUCAGAAGGCAGCAGUCAUUCUGCGUACGAAGACAUUGCAAGAAUUCCUGCCAGAGAAGCAGAAAGGACAAGAAAAGCUGCAGCAGAAGAAAUGGAUGCAAAGUAUGAACACUUACAGAAUUAUCAACUACCGAUAGAAAGAAGGCAGUCAGAUGAUGGGGGAGACAACACCCAGAAGGCCUUCAGGAUUUAUCAGACCCAUGGUGGCCGCAACCAUGGCCUCAACCUGGCAGAACUUUUCUGUGUUACAGACCCUACAGAAUUAAGUUCUCGCAGGGCCCUGACAUCAACUGGUAAGGAAUCCCACCAGGCUGAAGCUGGGGUCGAAAAGACCCUGGCUCUGGUUGUGGCCAGCCGAACAUCCUUGGAGCCAAUAAUCUUGAAUUCGAUGCACAAAUAUCAGCCCCGGGUGCACAUCAUUAAGAAGAAGGACCACACCGCUUCCUUGCUUAACCUGAAAUCUGAAGAGUUUAGGACAUUUGUAUUUCCGGAGACGGUGUUUACGGCAGUCACAGCCUACCAGAACCAAUUGAUAACCAAGCUGAAAAUUGACAGCAACCCAUUUGCCAAAGGAUUCAGGGACUCUUCCAGGCUCACUGAUAUUGAGAGGGAAAGCGUGGAGAGCCUUAUUCAAAAGCAUUCCUAUGCACGAUCCCCCAUCAGAACCUACGGGGGAGAGGACGAUGUUCUCGGAGAUGAGAAUCAAGCAACACAAAGCAGAGGGUCAGCCUUCACCUCAUCCGAUAACUUAUCUCUCAGUUCCUGGGUCUCGCCAUCCUCAAGUUUUCCCGGAUUCCAACAUCCACAGUCCUUGAGUGCUCUGAGCUCCAGUACCGCGUCCUUGGCCACCCCGAUUCCCCAUCCGAUCCAAGGGUCCCUGCCUCCGUACAGCCGCCUGGGAAUGCCUCUCACCCCUUCAGCCCUUGCCACCUCCAUGCAAGGAAGUGGCCCGACAUUCCCGUCUUUUCACAUGCCCAGAUACCACCAUUACUUUCAGCAGGGGCCUUAUGCGGCGAUCCAGGGACUACGGCACUCCUCUGCAGUGAUGACACCUUUUGUAUGACUGACCUAAAAUGGCGGGAAGCUGAGGCUGGGCCUGAAAAUAACUGUGGACCUCUUCGAAAGGCCUGUGGAGAAACAACUGGGGUGGGGGAAACCCCUGUUUGCAUAAAACAUGAAGGGGUUAGAUUCCUCCUCUGAGGGAUCAAGGGAAGAGUGCAGGUUGGAGGGGGUCAGAAGUCUAUGUCUGACGCCGCCAAAGGGACUCCAACCGCUGCAGGAAUGAUCUGAUGGUGCAUUAUAACCGCUAGGUAAGAGGCUGUGUUCACGCAGCAGUUGUAUAGUCGUAUUGUGUAUAGACUUCCUCUCCUGACGGGGGGCAAAAAGAAGCAAUAUUGUGUAUAGGGACUGUAUUGCUCUUUAUGAAUAAUGGGAAAUGAAAUAUUUGUUGCUUUGAGCAUGCAUAGGCUGUUUCAGCAUCAGGUUCGCUAGGAAAGAAACUGAAGGGAAAUGCCAUUCUCUUCACCCUUUUAAAAGAUACUUUAAAAUACCGACCCCAGUGCAUUGAGAGCACAGGGCAGAAUCCACUGGAAUUCUUCUGCAACAAGCCCUGUGGAAAAGGAAUGGGGAGCUCUGCAAAGGUGAAGUGCAGAUCUUUUUUCACUUCAGUUGAGUUUUGCACAGAAGAUCAUCGCAUGGGACGGUGCUUUGACAUUAGUCCUUUUCAGAUGUUCAAGGUACAUACACUGAACAAACAUGGGGAGGGGAAGAGGAAGAUGGUAAACUCUUCCCCAGCCUAUGAGCGUACAUGCACAGAGCUUCAUCCAUGUAAAUCACAGGUGUCAAACUUGCGGCCCUCCAGAUGUUCAUGAACUACAAUUCCCAUCAGCCCUUGCCAGUAUAGCCAAUGCUCAUGUUGGGAGGGGCUGAUGGGAAUUGUAGUUCAUGAAUAUCUGGAGGGCUGCAAGUUUGACACCCCUGAUGUAAAUGGAAACUCUGAAAGGGUGGAGAACCCGAAUGGAAGGAGAAUGAAAAGAACCACACAUACAGAGUCUUUGUGCACACAUUCCAAUCUUUGUGCAUCAGGUGGGGCAGAGCUUGCUGUCAAUAUUCUGCUGUCCCCCAUCCCCAACCCUGUGCAAUGUGUCAUCAAACAUCUGAAAAGGGCUGUAAUUUCCUCUCUAUUGGACCACGAGGCAGAAUUUUCCCACUCAUCCUUUUCUUCCUUUUAUGUUUGCAAAAUCGGGUUAGCUGUUCAAAACUGCAUAGGGAAAUCUGGUAUUCGGUUGAGAAAUGCGCUUUUCAUGUAUCCUGGAAGGAAGGGAUUUACUGUUGGAACUGAAGGACAGCAUUAGUUCCUAAAGAUCUGUUGAUUUGAAAUGGGAAUAUGAAGGAUCUUCAUGUCAUGCCGUAUAGCAUUUCACUGAAUAUUUAUUACAAUAGCAGUGGUCCACGUAGAUUAAUUCAUUUUUUUGUUUUGUUAUUCAUAUCCGUAGAAAUUAUGGAGGACAAAACAAACCAGUUAAGCAUUGUUCAGCCUUCUGUUAGAUCACUCAGUUUUAAAAGAAGCAUUUGGGACAUCUUCACCGGUUGUGUGGCAUCAGUCUGUGGCAUCAAUAAAAUACCUCUCAUCCUCAACCUGCAGUAACAUUGUCUGGUAGUUGCUGAGAGUGGAUAGUAGCAUGGGGUCAUCUUGUUAGCAAUUCUGCAUGGGCAAAAUUUCCCUUUUCAACUCAGGCCUGAUCCAUGCAAUUGUGCAAUACAUGGCUGGAUGCUGUGAAAGGAAGCGAUGGUAGUCUGGAUUCAUGUUAGGAUAGUGUUGGUGCUAACCACAUUGUUGUCAACAAAACAGACAGUAAAUGUGCAUAGGCUAAGCUGACCAUCCGUCCCGCUUUUGGCGGGACAUUCACGGCUUGAAAGAACUUGUCCCAAGCGCCCCGCCGGUUUCUUCCCCUAAUGUCCUGGGUUCUUAAG